AGCGCUACUGGUGGCGGGAAACUGUAUGCACGGAGUAUUCACAAUUUGUGGUUUUCACAGAUAUCACGCGCGGCUCACGAGUACGUGCGCACACACACUGUGGCGGCAUAGUCCAUGCAUACCUAAGGAAGAACGUGACGUCACCGGAUCUGCCGAACUCUGCAACAUGGGAGCCAUCAAGAUCUCCCCGGACUACAACUGGUUCCGCAGCACCGUGCCACUGAAGAGGAUCAUUGUUGAUGAUGAUGACAGUAAAGUGUGGUCCCUGUACGAUGCUGGCCCUCGAAGUGUGCGCUGUCCCAUUAUAUUUCUGCCUCCAGUCAGUGGCACAGCGGACAUCUUCUUUCAUCAGAUCCUGGCGCUAACCGGCUGGGGAUACAGAGUUAUUGCUCUCCAGUACCCUGUAUAUUGGGAUCAUCUGGAAUUCUGUGACGGAUUUAGGAAGCUUCUGGAUGAUCUGCACUUGGAUAAGGUUCACUUGUUUGGCGCAUCCCUUGGUGGUUUUCUGGCUCAGAAAUUUGCGGAGUACACACACAAGUCUCCCAGGGUCCAGUCCCUCGUCUUGUGCAAUGCCUUCAGCGACACCUCCAUUUUCAAUCAGACUUGGACAGCGAACAGCUUUUGGCUCAUGCCUGCAUUUAUGCUGAAGAAGAUUGUCCUGGGAAACUUUGCUUCUGGCCCUGUGGAUCCUGUGAUGGCAGAUGCCAUUGACUUUAUGGUAGAUCGGCUGGAAAGUCUCAGUCAGAGUGAACUUGCAUCUCGUCUUACCUUAAAUUGCCAGAAUUCAUACGUUGAGCCACACACAAUCCGGGACAUUGCUGUCACCAUAAUGGAUGUAUUCGAUCAGAGCGCUCUCUCAACAGAUGCCAAAGAAGAAAUGUACAAGCUGUACCCUACUGCCAGGAGGGCCCACCUGAAAACUGGGGGAAACUUCCCGUACUUGUGCCGGAGUGCAGAAGUCAACCUUUAUGUACAAAUUCACCUGCGUCAGUUCCAUGGCACCAGAUAUGCAGCAAUAGACCCCACUAUGAUGAGUGAGGAGGAGUUGGAGGUACAGAAAGGAAACCUCCACCCGAGUGAGGAAUCUCAGGAGACUGAACCCUUAUUAUAAGACUACAUCAUUCCUCGUGUUCUGUCAGCCAGGUGGCAUUUACUGAAGGGUACUUCAAGACGGAUGUAAGGAGUAAUGAAGUGACACGUCAGCCACGUUUUAGAAGUUCUGAAAUCUGACACUGUGCAUUAGAGACUUGACCGGUUUUACUGCUCAGAAAGACUUGGGCCGCGCAAGUGAUCAGAAUCGGCCAGAUGCGCAGACAUUUCCUGACGCACGACGCCAAUUCUGGACAGGGCUGCAAUAUUUUUCCUGAUUGGAAACUAUCCUGUGUCCUGGUCCUCAAAAAUGAACUUGGACCUAUUAAUUGUUAAAAUUUAAAGGGGGAAUCUGUACCUAAAAGGGCUCUUUCAGGUAACCUGUAAAGAAAAUACACUUUCAGCAGUACUUACCCUUCUGUUGCUCUGCCAGUUCCACUAUCUUGGCUGCAGGCUGUUCCUCUGUCACGAUCGGAGAUGCUGUAUCUACAUUAUUCAGUGGAACAGGAAGAAACGGCAGCACAUCCAGUUGCGACGUCAGAGGAAGAGCCUGCAGCCAGGAUUGCGAACUAGCAGAGCGAAGAAAGGGUAAGUACUGCUGAAAGUGUAUUCUCUCCACAGGUUGGCUAAAAGCCAUUUUAGAUGAGGCCCGGACAACCCCUUUAAUGUACAGUAGUUCACUGUAGCUAACUUUUUUUUCCGCUCCCUCUUCAGAGUAUACGGGAAACUUUGUGCUGGGGUAACGGACCAAUUCCUAUGCUGUUAAGCACCCUUAGAGUGCCUGCAAUGGAAAGCAUGUCAGACGUAUAAAAAUGGCUGUUGUGGGUGUUCUGUUCCUUUUUUAAAAGUUCAGUAUUAUGUUUCAUCCUGUCAUUUAUUUAAUGCUGCAAAACGCCCAAAAUAUUAAACGGUUCACAUGCAAACCAUUAAAGCAUAUUGUAAGGCAUCGAUCAUGAAGAGAAAUCCAAUCAAACAAUUGUAAUGUCCAAUACCAGUCCUUAAUAUCCACCUGGAAUACAGUAUAACACAUUGUAAGGAAGAAAAGCAAAUGCAAGCUGUGCUGGCAGCAGAUCUUCAGGACAGGUCCAGUGCCUUACUUCUUUUCAUGUUGUGUCGACACUUUGUAUUCGGAGUGCAGUUGUAUAUAGUUUAGCUGUACAUUACAUUUAUAUUUAGCUGUAUAUUGUGUUUUUGUAAUAUGGAUUUUCAUUCUUUACAUUUUCUUUCACAUUUUGAAGUGCCAAUCUCCAUAAAUCUGACUGGAAAGGCUUCCAAGGAGCAUACAAUCUCAAGUUUUUAAUGGAGUUUGUGUUUGAAUAAAGCAGUAAUAGUA